CGCGCUUAUUUAUCGCACGGCAUUUCGUUACGGGCGACUUUUAUCCGCGAUAAACGACGCAUUACGCGCCCGCGGAUCAUCACGCACGACGGCGUGCGCGUCCGCGCACGAUUGGCCGCGCGGCUCUCCACCGCGUACCCCCUCAGUAACGUUAUGGAAUGCGCGACGGACGGCUACCGUGUUACGCGGCUCCAUUAUAUAUGUCCUGUGCGCGGCUCCGCACGAUGCCCGGCCGUAGUGGCACGCCAACGGACCGGAAUACGUGCGGAAUACGACGCGGCGGCCGCGGCCUCGAGGUAUCGCCGCCCGACACCGGGCACGGUGUUACGCGCCCCUGCCGACGAUCAUCGCCGUGCUGCUGCACCUGCCGGCCGUCGCCGUUGUUGUACGUCGAUCGCGCGUCGUGCCCCCGUGUCAUUUUUCGCCGCCGCCGUCGCCGUCGGUAGCACGUCGUAUACGUGGCAACAGAGCGAGUGCGCGACCGCUGCCGUGCGAGCGCUGCGUGUGCUCCUCCCCGUGGGUGUCGCUUCCUAGUUCGCGAGGGAUCAUCCCCGAGAGAGGGAUCCCCGAGAUUCGGCGCGGCUGACACCGAAGAAUCGUGCGGGGAAACGUUUCGCCGCGUGUGGCCCCCUCCUCCUCCUCCCUUCCCCCUCCCCACCCCCUCCACCUAACGUUCGCGCGUGGCCGUGCGCCGUGCGAACGGGGAACGUCGCCCGUAUUCAACGCGACGCGCGACGGGGACCAGGGACGAGGAACGGGGACGGGACGCGAAGCGACGCCGCGGAAGUCCCUCGGACGAUCGGAGGUGCCCGGAGCACGUUGCACCGCCGGGACAGCGACAGACACACUCGGCGUCGGCUCACACCCCGGUGUUGGGUGAGCUCCACGCUCGUCCCUCUGCGCGCGCGAGAGCUGCCAUUGAAGGCGGCCCUCCCCCGUCCUGGAACGAGGCGCGUCGCGCCGAUCCACGAACUCGCGCGGAAUCCAGCGCGGUCGAGCGCGUCGCCGGAGGAUAGCCCAGCUGCGCACGCGACGUCGUCCAGGAGCCAGGGGUGUGCAGCCUCCGUCGUCCCGCGGCGAGGAUAGCGCGGUGGGAAUUUAAUGGUGUAUUCCCGAUGGACCUCAUCCGCUGACUGCAAUGGGCUGACGCAGAAAAUGCAAGUGACUCGUGGGUACUCGGAUGCUCCUCCCUCUCGGCGUCACCUACACGAGAGAGCUAACUCGACGAGUUAAUGGUCGACUUGACGUUAAUGGUGCAUCUAUCGUUGUUGUCCUCCCGUCAACGUAAUGGAGGAGCCGGUUAAGAAGAAGCAGCGUAUCGAGAUUAGCGCGGGGGCCAAGAACGGGCUCGCCGACGUCGAGGAGUUGCAGAGGAACCUCCUCGCGCGAUGUCUGUGCCAUAUGCCGGAGAGCAGUCUGCGCAAGCCGUUCACCAACUUCACGGUCGAGGAGACCGACGGUAGCAUCCGUUACGCCGUGCUGUCCGACUGGGACACGGAUCAGAUUCUGGAGUAUCUGAGCGCCCUGCAGCUGCUGUUCGACCUGGCCAUCAGGCAGAACGCGAAGAAUGUCAUGUGCAAGCGGGUGGCGGACGUGUGCGAGGCGGUGGCGCGGAACGAGCACGGCAUCGUCGAUCAGAUCAUCGACCUGUCCUACACGACCAACAAGUUCGUGUCGUACGCGGCGAGUCGCGUGCUCGCGUCGUUCUUCAUCGUCGCGCGGGACAACGUGGAGGCCGCCUGGCUGGAGAGGCUCACGCAAUCCCUGGUCAACAGUCACUCGCCCAGCCAGAUGUUGUUCACCCUGGACGUGGUCAAGCGAGUGGUCGAGCAUAAAGACUGUAGUAUACACCCGUUGGAGGAGGGCGAGACGUCUGUGCCGCCGCCGGGCUGCAACACCCUCGUCAUCACCGACUUCGACAGCACGACGGUCAAGGCGAUGUGCGUGAAGGCGCUCGAGUCCAAGUGGACAAUUCUCGUGUCCAAGUUCAAUGACAUUCUCACGGCGUACACGCCGCAGCACGCGUCCGUGGUCAUCACGUUCCUGCACCUGUGGGAAACCGUCAUCUCGGUGAAAGCCAAUCUUUCCGUCAUCGACACCAAACCUUUCUACUCGCAGCUCAACAAUCUCGUCCUGUUGCUGAACGCCAAUGUGCCGGGCGUGAUCUGGCGACACUUGCUCGGACUCUUCAACGAAGUACUGUGCUACGGCAGCACCCUGGCGCUGCAGGAUGUCCUACCGGACGAACCGUGCUCCCUGGCGCACCUCAUCGUCCGCGCCGUCAAGGACUGGCGUCUGCUCGACGCGUUGCCCUACCGUCACGGUUCCGGUAGGUUCGGCGGCGGCACCGGCGAGGGCGAUCGUCCUCUGCUGCAGAAGAUGGUGCUGCUAGUGCUCAAGAGCGUCGCCGUGACAGUGCGGGAGACGCGCAGCGACUCCAGCGACUCGUCGCUCGGCUCCGAGGCCGAGGAUCUCGACGAGGACAUGGCGGUGAUCGAGAGGAGCAUCCGCGAGGUACUACGUCAGCUGGAUCAGUGCGUGAAAGCAUUGAUGCCCUUCCAUCCGGAGAUGCCGCUGUCGCAAUGGGUCGUGCAGAUGUUCCACGACCAGGACGACUUCUUGAUCGAGGGUAUGGUCUGCUGUCUGGACGUCGCCGUGGGCUUAUUCUAUCGCGGCCCGCCCCAGAACGAUCUGGGCCAGAUGCUCAGCCCGACAUUGACCUUUGUGCAAUUCAUCCGCGCCGUGUCGCAUGAUCCGGAUGUUCUGCUGGAUCUGUUGGUCAGCAACGAGACCUGCUUCCUGCUGUAUCUCCUGCGAUUCCUCAAAUACAUUAGGCGUAACUGGCUCGAGUUCGUUAGGUGUUGCGGCCGCGAGUUGGACGACACUAUGACGGUACUGAUAAGACUACGGUUGGCCAUCGAUCGGCUGGUGUCCAAGAACCUGUUCCCGUACAACAUUAGUCCGGUUCAUCGUUUACUCGAGAAAUGCGAGUCCUUCUACGAGGGUAAUGUGGAGAACGGUAACAACCUCGUGUAAGAUAAGGGAAAAAAAAAAGAACGUUCGGAGAGAUUCGAAAUGGUCAUCAUGUGUGUACAAAUUGUAUGAACGUCAGUACUCUCCGAGCUUAGCUAGAUUUUGCCAUGUGUAAAAUAUCACGUGUAGUGUACAGAUCGCCGCAUACCGUCCCGCAAAGCGGCUGGACUGACUCCGCCGAUCCCGUCUUCUUGAAAAAGAGAAAAACUCAGAAGGACGAAACGCGUUUCUUAUUUAUUAGUCUUUAGCGAAAUUUUUCAAUAUAGCUGGAAUUGCAAGAUGGAGAAAUUUCCAUUCGUUCACGGAAUCAGUCGAGUUUUGAGAGUUGUACAAUCGCGAUCGAAUCGGUGUAUAGAGUACAAAAGACAGGAAGACAGGGAAAUUCGCGUUGAUCGUCUCAAAACGAAACUGCAUUCGUGUGGUGCUAAUGAAUUAUGUUUCUGCCAAAGCACCAGAGAGCAUACAUAUUGAUGUAUACCACUAGUGUAAUAUUUAUAUGUAUACUUCGAGAGCUAUUUGUACAAUUUCCAGUCAUAUCUGUAAAUGUAACUUUAUUGUAUUUUGAUAAAAUACCUGAGAAAAACUGUACAUAUUUUACAAAGCACAUCAGAGCCGACUUUGCAAUACCGAGUUUUAGCUGGAUGAAGUUACAUAUUCUUCCGAUAAUUCUGGAGAAAGUUAAAAAAGAAAAAUUUUAUAUUACGGAUUAGCCUCGCAUAAAUUAUAAUGCAGCAAAUAAGGAAGACGUAGGAAAUUACGUAGGAAAUUAUGUUAAGAUUUCCUUCUGUAAGUAAUGUAAUACACUAAAAUUCUCACGUUUUUACUUUUA